CUCUUUUACACGCUCUCUCUCUAGCUUAAAUUCGUUCAUACUCCUCACCAUUCGUUUUGCGACUGCCGUAUUUCGACUUGCUUUCUGCUAUUCGUCCCGCCUCUGCCUUAUCAAGCCAUACUAGUGGGGGUUAGUGAAAAGGGAUUUGGAAAAACUUGACAAAACAUGUUCUAACAGCACCAGCUUUUCAUCCUGACCAGUAAUAGCGACCCCAAUUACAACCCGCACCCUUAACCUGUCAACUUCGAGCACAUUCGCCAAUAAGAGUUACCCUGAUCAUAUGUCCAUCAGUGAUAAAGAGCAGGCUUUACGUCGAAUACUUCUGUCUUCCCGUGUGGCGCAGAGCUCUUCGGGAACUUCGGAGGUCGUCGGGGAUCGACCAAGACCAACUUCGCGGCCGUCUAAAAGGACCCGUUCAUCAACUCCGCCGUCUCAUCCGAGCGAGUUUCUUACUUCGGAUGUCACUGACUUCGGCUCGCCCAGGAGCGAACCAUCCAGUUCUCGCCCCCAUGGGCACACCCCAGUGUCGCAGCACUUCCCAUCAACAGAGUUUUUCGAGUUCUUCCCCAGGUCGAGAGCCUCGUUUGACAUGAAAAGACUCAUGAGCAAACCUGUCGCCUCUCUCGCCGCUUCGCAGAAUGAUUCCUAUACGAAGACCAUAGCGGCCGGGUCUACUCGAUCGGGUGCAAUCGCAUUAUCCUCGACAUACGCGAAAUUUGGGUACUCGGUUGCUGACCUGUUCGCUUCUACCUCCUACACCCCAAGGACUCCGAUUUCUCAUCGAGUGGCCCCUCAACUACCUGACGAGCCUGGGAAGACACAUUCCUCAUCUCCCUCGAUUUAUUAUGCGCCCCGUUCCUCAAGCCUUCCACGUAGUCGCAGAGCUAAUGGAGAUCAUUCACCAAAAAGGCCGUCUCUUCCUGCGACCCGUUUGGACGUCAUCCACCGUCACAAUCCCCAGUCAAUCCCCAGUACCACCAAGAACCCAGAGUCUAGCCUGGACACAUUUUGCUUUCCCAUUGUACCUUCCCAGCCUUCCUCUGUCCCAUCAAGCCCCACAAUGCCCGAUCCCAAACGGCACCUGUCCAGAGAGUAUUCUUCUCCAGUCGCAGAAAAAUCUCAGGCUUCACGCAUGUCGUCUGGCCCGAGCUCGACACCGAUGACCCCCGCUUCCCAAGUUGCUCAUGAUUGGCAACUUUCUCAACAAUUAUACGCUCCUUCAAACGCCCCCCAACAUUCCGAAGGUGAUGCAAGCGGAAUGGGGGAUUUAUUGUCUCCGCAUUCACACAGCCCACGAGGCACACUUCUGGAGCGAAGAAUAGGUGGGAAGCUUCUUGCUAAAGGUAGCGAGGAUGGUAAUGGAGGACCUAGAUGUCUGCACCUCCCUCUCAGGAGGAUGACGGAGGGCGAUGUCAGCCCAUCGCGCGGUGCGCUUGCUCGUAAAGUCACACGUAAACUUUCAAAGAAGCGCCCACAAAUCAAUGGGAAUCAUGCGGCUAUGGGGGGUGAUGGUGAUCAGCCCACACACACGGAUCGGUCAGAUAAGGAUUCGUCUCCUUACAGUCAUAUCGACUCGCUUUGGAAAGAUAAACCCCUACCCCCGUGCCCAUCUUCACACGAAGAAUGGCGGGAUCGGGCGGACUCACCUUCCGAAGUCUUGAGACGACCUCCGAUGUUAUCCGGUGCGGAUGUCGUAGCCUCACCCAGUCCUCGUCCUGGGGGAGCCUUCAGCCGAUUGAUUAGAAAACUAAGCUCUAGCACUAUGCGAGAGGCUAGCAAACGUCAAAUGUCUGGCAGUGAUGUGCCCCCUGUUCCGCCCCUACCUACGUCCGAGGCCUCCUCCACCCCUGCGAGUAGCCAUGUGCGCAGACGGUCCUCAUCAACCGAUUUUGGCAUUUUGUUGCAGAAUAAAGGACAUGAUUCCUCGGAGGAACAGUCGUCGGAGGGUAUAGUUUCUCGUAUCUUCAAGCGCCGGCCUACCUCCAUGUCUCCAAAAUCUGUGGUCAGUAACAUGAAGCCUGGGGUGGACAUAGGCAAUCUUGGUGCAUGGACCAAUUUUUCAGGAUCUCUACCAAGAGAUCAUAUUAGCACAAACUCAUCACAUUGGUCAUCAUCGCGUUUUUCAAGUUCUUCAUCACAGCCUGACGAACUGUUAAUGACACCGAAUGAGCCCGUCCCCCCUCUUCCUCGACUUUCUUUAUGUAAUAUCCAUCCAGUCCCCUCUUCCAGCGUGAUGACUACAUAUCACGACCCCAACGCUCUUUUACAGCAAUUCGCUACAUCCCAUGCGAGCUUACCGUUAGUCCAAAGUCCACAAGCACUUUCAGCACCCAGCCAACCAAGCCCCUCCCCCAAGGCUAGCACAGCAAUUGAUUCAAUCCUCACUUCUCCCCCAAAAAGCGAUCAAGAAGUGGCUCCCAAGAGGUGGAAUUCCCUUCGUAAACAAUUACCCUCGCCUCGAAGGCGAGCGGUUUCCAGCCCCGACGAUACCCAAAAGCUGAAUCAAUAUGCACCACACCUUUCAUCGUCCCCUCCUUCGACUCCAGGUCUUAGUUUUCUUACCCAUCGCAAAUCCCGCGAAAGGUUACCACGGACCAAAACGUUGGGCGGCAGUGCUCGGAGCUUCACGUUGCGUAGAUCCACCUCGAGACUGCGUGCGAAAUCCAUCGACGCUACCCCACAUCUCGACUUCACUGCCAGCUUGACAAAUGUUGCAUUUUUGGAAGUCGAUCCCACAACUGGUGAUGUGCCAGGUGGUAGACGACGCAAGAAGACUGAUGACGAGAAGGAUGCUAUGUGGGACGAUUUAAUGAAACGCAGUAACGGUGCGCCGGCGGGACUUUGCAUGCCGUUGUUGGCGUCAAACUUGAAAGUGAUAGCCUGGAAUAAGCCAGCGCUAUCUUGUGGAUUUUGUUCAUCCUUCUUUUCGAUCACUUGUAUGGCUGCUUUAUCUGCAUUUAAUACGAUACCAGCACGCUUCACGAGAAAC